AUGGCGGAACCGACGCCCGUCAACAUCUUGCGCGGCCACAAGUCCCAGAUUCACGCCGCGGCAUUUGUUCGCAGCAAUGACCGCCUCGCCACCGGCGACGCUGACGGCUACGUGAUGCUGUGGGAUCUCGCCACCAUGCGACCCAAGGCAGUGUGGCGGGCUCAUGAGAACGCGAUUCUCGCUAUUCGAGGCUGGGGCGAGGAUAAAAUCAUAACACACGGCCGAGACCAUCGUCUUCUUGUGUGGCAGCUGCGCUUCGAGGAUGAGCAGAAUUUGGCAACGACAUCACCGCUGGAGCACACAGGAGAUGCGUACCCACAGCCGUGGAUUUUGAAUGUAUUGGGCGUCAACACGAUGAAUUUCUGUGCUUUUGCCGCAUGUCCGAAUACGCCGGGUGUCAGCGCCACCCUGGCAGACGACACCAGUGGCAGUAUUCUCGUCGCCGUUCCUAAUACGUUGUUGGCCGAAUCGAUUGACAUUUAUGAACUGCCAAGUCAGAAGCGUAUUCACACGGUCAAGCCUGGUGGAAAACACGGUAUGGCCAUGACGCUCGCCAUUCUCUACAAGGAACGUCACUUGGUGUUGUGCGCUGGCUUCGAGAAUGGCAUGUGCUCCGUCUUCGUGCUUCGUGAAAACGCAGACGAGUGGGUUACGACGUAUCGCGGCCAGUCACAUUCACAGCCGGUGCUGUCACUGGACGCCGACGCGCGCGGUGAAUACUUCAUCUCCUCGGCAGCCGACUCGUUGAUUGUCAAGCACCCCAUUCCGACCUCCCUGCAAACCAAAAUACCAGAAGUCUCCGCUCCGCCACAUACCAUCACGACGACAGACGAAGCCGUAUCCGCACCAGCAACGACCACUGGCAUCGGAGCCUUGUUUGCCGGCCAGCCAGCCGCCCAGACGAGUGGCAUCCCUGAACUUACCACCAGUGUCUGGGAGCACCCCAUCAAGGUGGCCAACACGAAGCAUUCCGGGCAGCAGAGCCUGACGAUUCGCUCCGACGGCCGUGUGUUUGCGACGGCCGGCUGGGAUGCCAGGAUUCGCGUCUACGCGACCAAGUCCCUCAAAGAGCUUGCCGUGCUCAAAUGGCACCAAGUCGGCGUCUACGCUGCCGCUUUUGCGCACGUGAAGCCCGGCGCAGACGAGGUUUCGAUGGAGAAGAAGAAGCAGCUGCAGUUGGCUCCAUCGACGCAAGAAAGCACCUCGGAUGCAGUCAUUUUAAGCCCUGGCAAGCCGGACGGAGCGCGGGCCAUGACGGUCAAGGAUAGGCGAUUGCAUCAUGCGAAGCAUACCCACUGGGUGGCCGCCGGGGCCAAAGACGGUAAAUUAAGUCUCUGGGAUAUAUAUUAA